AUGGAUGGAUUCGGAAAGAAAAUGACAAGCAGAAGAGGAACGGUGGAAGCGCAGAAGAAGACGUUGCCAGCGAUAGAUUGUACAAGUGGGUGGAGACGCCGAUGGGAGAAACCGACUAUGGUAGACCGGUCUCGCCCUUCGUUGACUGUCAUCAUUCCUCCUCAUCGUUGUUGGAAAGAGAAGAGGACAACAGACGGCACAUCUUGUGGAUAUGUCGUCGUUCAGAUGCCACGUCUAUGUUUCAGUACUGUUAUUAUUUACGUAUUGAAUGAGCACAAUCAGAAGUUAGAAUGGAUUGUUGGAAAAUGGAGAUCUGAAUUUUCUGGAAAGAUCUUCUGGCCAACCGUGCCAACCAUGACGUUUGGAGAGGAAUUGGUAAUCAAUGAGGCGCCAAUUGCCAAAUCGGCCAAUGUACAAUUUCUCAACUUCUCGGCUCGUGCUUGGUCUCACUCCACCAAAGACCACUUCCAUGACGAAUGGGGAUUCUUGACUGUUGAUCCACUUGGAAAUGCUACUUUAAUGACGACCGGAAACAAUGGAUUCACCACAUACGAAACUGGCACUGUCUCGCCAAACAAACUGGUUCUCACGUUAAAGGAUAUUGGACGCAUCUCUUUCUCUCGAGACUUGCCUGUUGAAGACUUGAGAAGAACAUUCAUCCGUCAUGACGAUAGGUAUAUGGAGCAAGUGAUCGAGAUGAGAACGGCUACUCACCCAAAAGUUGGAUAUCUUGAACACACUAGAGUAGUCUACACGAAACUGAAGUAA